CCCCCCCCCCCCCCCAGCUUCUUUCCUCCCGAGCCGGCGCUGUGCCCGGGGCGCACCGGGAGGAGGAUCCAAAAUCCAGUGCCCGGGCGCAGAUACUGACACCAAGGGAAUCCGGAUGCCCCCCCCACGCCAUGUGGGCCCCCGAGAACCUGGCUCCGCCAUCCCAGCCUCCCCGUAGCCCUGGCCUCAGCCCUGGCCCGGCAGAGAUUCUGCAGACCUUCAGGGAUUGGCUUCGCCACUGAGCCCUCGGGCCUCUGCCAGUCACCCCCCAUCCCCCACGCCCUUAGCCAUUCUCGGCAGGUGCCAUCGGCUCCAUCGGUACUCUCGCCCCAGCUGCAGUUAUGCUGCACACCGAGGGCCACGCUCUUCUUCGGGCAGUGGGUCAGGGUAAGCUACGCUUGGCCCGUUUGCUUCUGGAGGGGGGCGCCUACGUGAAUGAGGGUGAUGCCCAGGGGGAGACUGCGCUAAUGGCGGCCUGUCGGGCCCGCUACGACGACCCCCAGAACAAGGCGCGCAUGGUACGCUACCUCCUGGAACAAGGCGCCGACCCCAACAUCGCAGACCGCCUAGGGCGCACAGCGCUCAUGCACGCUUGCGCCGGGGGUGGGGGUGCCGCCGUGGCCUCGCUGCUCCUUGCCCACGGCGCAGACCCUUCAGUCCGAGAUCACGCGGGCGCCUCGGCGCUUGUCCACGCCCUGGACCGCGGGGACCGCGAGACCCUUGCCACGCUGCUGGAAGCCUGUAAGGCCAAGGGCACGGAGGUCAUCAUCAUCACCACCGACACCUCGCCCUCGGGUACCAAGAAGACCCGGCAGUAUCUCAAUUCCCCACCUUCCCCGGGGGUGGAGGACCACGCUCCCGCUCUUUCUAGCCCAGGGGUCUGCACGUCGCCUUCGGAAAUCCAACUGCAGUCUGCAGGAGGAGGAGGACGUGGGUUGUUAUCCCCUCGCACCCAGGAAGAAGAGGAGAAGCGGGACGUAUUUGAAUUCCCUCUGCCUAAGUCCCCCGAUGACUCGUCCCCUUCUGAGCCGCUCCCCAAACCACCCCGUCACCCUCCAAAACCACUCAAAAGGCUAAACUCCGAGCCCUGGGGCCUAGUGGCCCCUCCUCAACCGGUCCCGCCCUCGGAAGGGAGGCCGGGGGUCGAGCGCCUGACCGCGGAAUUCAACGGCCUGACCCUGACCAGCAGACCGCGUCUUUCCAGACGUCACAGCACUGAAGGCCCGGAGGACCCGCCCCCUUGGGCGGAGAAAGUGACGGGCGGGGGUCCCCUCUCUCGCCGCAACACUGCGCCAGAAGCUCAGGAGUCUGGUCCCCCUUCAGGGCUGAGGCAGAAACUGAGCCGCAUGGAGCCGGUGGAGCUUGAUACCCCCGGAAAUCUUUGCCCUGACUCGCCAGAGUGCAGCCGCCUGUCGCUGGAGCGCCGCCGAUACAGCGCCUCCCCGCUGACCCUGCCUCCAGCAGGCUCGGCUCCCUCCCCGCGCCAGUCCCAGGAGAGUCUGCCUGGGGCUGUAUCUCCGCUGAGCGGGCGGAGGCGGAGUCCUGGGCUGCUGGAGCGGAGGGGCUCCGGGACGUUGCUCUUGGACCACAUUGCGCAAACGCGGCCUGGUUUCCUGCCCCCGCUCAACGUCAGCCCCCAUCCUCCCAUCCCCGACAUUCGCCCCCAACCUGGAGGUCGGGCGCCUUCGCUGCCCGCUCCUCCCCAGGCGGGGGCGCCAGGCUCUCCCAGGACCAAGCGCAAGUUGGUGAGGCGCCACUCCAUGCAGACUGAGCAGAUCCGCCUGCUAGGGGGCUUCCAGAGUCUAGGCGGGCCAGGGGAGCCUGGGCGCUGA